CGGCGAUAAGAUAGCUGCCGACCACCACUCCACAACGCGCUGCACGACGACUCGCUCAAUGUAACCACAGCCAUGGCUACUCUCGCCGCACACGAUCAGGAAAAUGUGGUGCGCGCCCUGCACACGGGCCCCGCUGGCAAGCCACUCAACGCCGGCCUGAAGAGCUUCGCCGCCAAAACACCCGCAAACAAAGCCCCCAAGACGCCGUUCAAGGUCCCGCUCAACGACGAAAAUGCGGUCGCGAAAGGCGGAAAGUCUGUGCUGCAGACAAAGGGCAAGGGCACUGAGAACCUGCUCAUGACGAGCAAGAAGAGCGGCAAGCUGGACGAGAAUGCAUUCAUCACGCCUGCUGCUCAACGCACGCGCGCCCCGCUGGGCAUGAAGACGACCAACGCCAAGGGUAAAGCUUUCCAGACGCCCGCGCCUCUGUCGUCUGCAAAGACGCAGAAGGUAAGCCCGCGCAUGCGCCGCCCCAAAGUGAAGAUCCACCAGCCCGAGCCAGAGUCUGCGUCCGAAGAUGACGUGCCCGACAUCGAGUACAUGCCGCCGAAAGAGGUUCCGCUUGCAGACGACAUGGACGACUAUCUCCCGCGCGACGCCAAGUUCCCCAUGUUCGAGGGCGCAAACAUGACGCGUGGUGUCUGGGAGACCUACCACAACCCCAUCGAAGACGACGGACGCACGCGCAUGCAGCGCGAGUUCGACGAGGGCCUCGAGAGGGACCGCAAGAAGCGGGACGAACAGUUUGACAAGCUCUUCGAAGAGCAGCAGGCCAAGGACGACGCCGAGAUGAGGCGCUACUUUGGGAUUGACGAGUCUAAGAAAGAAGCGCCUAAGACGAACCUCAAACCUGCAGCCCCCAAACGGACAAACUCCAGCCUUUCGACGAUGAGAGCCAGGUCCGCAGCCGCAGCCCUUUCAUCCACAUCAAAGCCCAGCUACGCCGCUCCCACCACUGCCACCAAAUCGCGACUGCCCAACAGCCUCGUCUCGAGCAAGAAGCCCGCAAAGCCCCUUGCAGAGCGAUCUGCAUCCCGUCAAGCAGCCGCCGCCGCAGCGUCCAAGAGCACAAUCGGCUACGCGCAGGGUCGCGCCUCACGUUCCGGCCCAGCAGUUCGUAAACCACUCUCCAACGUUACCAAGCCGCCUCCCUUCUCUGCCGCAACCCGUCGCCCCGCCACUGCCUCGUCCAUCCACCACCGCAGCGCAAGUGCAGCUCCCACCGUUGGAAGAGUCCAGGCCCCUUCCUCCCGCUCCAUCUCGACGUCUUCGGAUGCCACGCUUGUUGCGCCUCCCGUGACGGAUGAGCGGAACUACCGUACGGCAGAGGAUCUGGAGCGAGAGAUGAACCUAUUGCUUCUGCAGGACGACGAGGACGCGGAUGCCGACGCGUGGAUGAACAACUUCAACAGCCAGCUGCAUGGCGACCCGAUUGACGAGGAUCAGGAGGACUUUCAGUUCCAGCUUCCCGAGGGAUUUUAGGGUCCAGCCUACUGGGAUUGUUCAGGGUUCAUUCAGUUCGACGGUCAUUUGUAUGAUAAAAUUAUCUGAUAAUCAGGCAUGGAGAAGGCAGUGUAGGCGAUGAGGCUUGUUCACGCCCUCCCGCCAUCUUGGUUUUGUUUGGCGUUGUGUUUAUUGUUUUGGAUACCUCAUUACGCGCUCGAGUCGCGAUUGGACGGAAACUCUGGAUUGUGUAUGGCUCAGACGCGUCAAGGAAAGUGUCGUGUUUUGCCCUGUAAUACCUUGCACCGUAGUCAAUGUUCAGCAU